UUACCAAAGUAACUUUAUCAUCAUGCUCCUUUAUUCGGUUCCGACAAGUAUAGACUCCUAAAGCCAUAUGUUAAUACAGAGAGAACCAACUAACCACCAAACACACAAAAUCCCUAGUUUUCCAACCGUCUGUCUUCUCCGUGGGAUUGCAAAAACAAAAUGGGUACAGAAGAGGAAAGUGUAUCUGUGGAGCUACCAGCACCUUCUUCAUGGAAGAAAUUGUUUUUCCCGAACAAAGUGGGAUCAGUGAAGAAAACAGAGAUUGUGUUCGUUGCUCCAACGGGCGAGGAGAUCAGUAACAGGAAGCAGCUGGAUCAGUAUCUCAAAGCUCACCCUGGAAACCCAUCCGUCACUGAGUUUGAUUGGACCACUAGUGGGACGCCUAGGAGAUCUGCAAGGAUCAGUGAUAAGAAGACUAAGUCGACUCCCUCACCGGAUAAAGAGCCACCCAAGAAGCGAGGUCGAACUAAAUCUCCAGGGUCAAAGAAAGAUGGAGAAGAAGGUGAGAAACCAGAGGGAGGAGGAGUGGAGAACUCUCAUGUUCAAGAAGAAGAUACUGAGAUGUCUGCUCUCAAGGGAACGGAAGAUAAUGUAACUGUUAAGGAUGGGACUGGUGAAACUGAGAAGGCUAAUGAUGCAAAAGACGAAAAGGUUGCAGAGAAGACUCCUGAUCCUGCUCCAGUUCAAGAAGCUGGUGGUGAGUCGAUGAAGGAGCAAACGCAUGAUCUAGUUGGAGAUGGUAGUAAGGAGAGAGUGGAGUCUCAGACAGACAAAGAAGAGGAGACUGGCUCGGUCGUAAAGACAUCAGUCGAUACUGAGAUCAAGACUGCUGGAGCUAACACUGAGCAGAAGAAGGAAGUUGCAGGACAAGGCGCACCUGAGUCUGAGCCUGAAGCCGAGACUAGAAACCAGGAGGGAAAUGGUCUGACAACAGAAGCUGAGGGGAAAGAGAAAGCGGCAGAAGCAGAAGCUGCUGAGUAACCCUGCCCUGCUCUCCUUUUGUAAGAGCAUGAAAUGUAAGAGUUUGUUUCUGUUUAUCUAUUCAUGCUCUUUUUUGUAUCUAAUCAAUGGUUAUAUUAAGUCGGUGAAAGAAGAUGUUAUUAGGCUGAGAUAUGUACUAUUUGAAUGACUUCAGUACUAUGCAUGUUCUCUUAGGUGAAACAUUAUGUAGAGAGUUAACUCUUUCUACUGCAGCCUUUGUUUCUUUUUUACAUUUUUAAUUUAUAACCAAGUUAUAUAAUAACUCAAUUAUGAGUGUCUGGUUUGUUUC